AUGUGUCCUAAAGAGGGAUAUACAGACCCUGGUGUCAUGUUUAAGGACAUUGGCUUGCAUAGAUCUUGGGGUUUUCACACUGAAAGCGAUUUCUCUGUCUUUCUCUCGCAGGACUCUAAGAUGGGCUUUGGAAUUGCUGUGUCCGGGGGCCGGGACAAUCCAAACGUGGAGACCGGAGAGACGUCCAUCAUUGUGUCAGACGUGCUGCCAGGAGGACCGGCCGAUGGACUGCUCUUUGAGAAUGACCGCGUGAUGCAGGUCAACACCAUCGCCAUGGAUAAUGUGCCUCAUUCAUUUGCUGUGCAGUCACUUCGAAAAUGUGGGAAAGUGGCCAAAGUGACUGUAAAGAGGCCUCGCAAGGUGGCUGUCCUCAAGCACCCACCGUCCCCGAGCAGGGAUAGCCGGGAUUACAACAUAUCCAGCUAUUAUUCAAAUAAAUUAGAGUACGGCCUCCGGCUGGGCAGCCAGAUCUUCAUCAAAGAGAUGACCAGCACUGGAUUGGCUGCCAGAGAUGGAAAUCUCCAGGAGGGCGACAUCAUUCUUAAGAUCAACGGGACGGUGACUGAGAACCUCUCUCUGAGUGACGCCGGCAAGCUGAUUGAGAAAUCACGGGGCAAGCUGCAACUGGUGGUCCAGAGAGACCACCGACAGAUCCUGGUGCGCAUUCCUGCCCUGGCAGACAGCGACUCUGAGGCUGACGAUAUUUCGGAGAUUGAGUCGUACCAUUCCUACUCACCUCAAGAUGACCAAAGGUCACGCCAGUCUGACCUCUCCUCACACUCUUCCAAUGAUGUAGCACGAGAGAACGCCAGGGAGGAUCCUCAAAGUAGAUUGGCAAAGACCGCUGUUUCAUCCUCUCCUUACAAAACUCCAGAGGAGCCACUUCCAGCCAAGGAGGAGAGAGUAGAACCACAGGAAGAAGAACCACCACCAGCAAUAAAGACAACACCCAAGAUCCUGUUCAGACCGAGCCCAGAGGACGAGGCCAUUUAUGGGCCCAACACAGUGAUGGUGAGCUUUCAGAAAGGAGAGAGUGUUGGCUUGAGGUUGGCUGGAGGAAAUGAUGUGGGAAUAUUCAUAGCAGGAGUUCAGGAGGGCAGUCCGGCUGAAGAAGAAGGUCUCAGUGUGGGGGAUCAGAUUAUGAAGGUGAAUAACGUUGACUUUCGGGGCAUUGUGCGAGAGGAGGCCGUGCUGUUCCUGCUGGAGAUCCCACGGGGUGAGGUCGUGACCAUUUUGGCACAGAAUAAAACUAAGGUUUAUGAAGACAUCUUGGUGUCCGGUCGAGGGGACUCAUUUUUCAUCCGGACUCAUUUUGAGUAUGAGAAGGAGCUGCCUCACUGUCUCGCCUUCUCCCGGGGAGAGAUCUUCAAGGUGGUGGACACCUUAUACGACGGUAAGCUGGGAAACUGGCUGACCAUCCGCAUGGGCAAAGACAACCAGCUGCUGGAGAAGGGCAUCAUUCCCAACAAGAGCAGAGCCGAGCAGAUGGCAAAUGUCCAGAACACACAUAAGGGCUCAGGAAGUGACAGGGCCGACUUCUGGAGGCUACGUGGUCAGAGGGCGGCCAAGAAGAAAGAUGUGCGGAAGAGCCGAGAGGAAAGUUCUGCGGCCGUCUUCACCCGCUUCCCUGCCUAUGAGAGGGUGUUGCUGAGAGAAGCGGGAUUCCGAAGGCCGGUUGUGCUGUUUGGACCAAUCGCUGAUGCUGCCUGUGAAAAACUGGCCGAGGAGCUUCCAGACGAGUUUGUAAUUGCUAAAACAGAACCCAAAGAUGCGGGGUCAGAGAAAUCCUCUGGGGUGGUUCGUCUCAACACUAUUAGACAGAUCAUUGAACAGGACAAGCACGCUCUCCUGGAUGUCACCCCUAAAGCGGUGGACACCCUAAACUACACGCAGUGGUACCCCAUAGUCAUCCUCUUCAGCCCGGACAGCAAACAUGGGGUGAAGGCGAUGAGACAGAGGAUCAUCCCCAGCUCUAACCGCAGUGCCCGCAAACUCUACGACCAGGCUCUGAAGCUCAGGAAAACCUGCUCAUACCUGUUUACCGCUGUUAUCGAUCUGAACUCGGCUAAUGAUGCCUGGUACGGCAGUUUGAAGGAGACCAUACGAGACCAGCAGACCCACGCUGUGUGGGUCUCAGAGGGGAAGCUGGACGGGACGAAGGGGGACCUUGACGUUCAUGACGACCGCAUGUCAUAUCUCUCAGCCAUGAGCGCUGACUAUCUCAGCAUGGACAGCCGGCUGACCAGCGACUACGACGACACGGCGGACGAGGGCGGGACUUACACAGAUAACGAAACGGACGAGCCGCUCGAUCGCCAGCGGGUGUCGGCCAUUAGCCGCUCCUCUGAGCCAGUCAUGCCAGAGGAGAUCCUCAGGAAGUCCAGCCCAGAGAUUCGAGGUCGCAUCCGGCAGGUGGGCAGCAGAGAGAUGCUGACAGAAGCUAGUCCCCCCUUAAUGUCCACCUUCCUGCCUGACCCCGCAAAGGUAAAAAUGCUGUCUCAAGUGGAGGCGUCACGGGGGCAGUACGACCCCUCUCGAAACUACGACUCUCGUUCAAGCAGUCCCGCGAGCAGCGAGCACCCGCGCAGCCAGGACUCUCCUGCAAAAACCAAACCCCUGCCUCCCCCCACAGCUCUCAAACCUACCUACGUGUCCCGCAGCUCCAGAGGCCUCGUAAACAGCCCUCCGGUACGGGACCGCAAACCUCUGGAGGACAGCCCUGACAAUCCCUCUCAGAGGUCUUUCCUGGGCAAAGUGAAGGCCUUUGAGAAGAUGGAUCACUUGGCCCGGACACAGAGAGUCCUGGAGAUCCAAGAGGCCCAGAACGCCAGGAUGGAGAUUGCACAGAAACAUCCAGACAUUUAUGCCAUCCCCAUGAAAUCUCAGAAACUGGACCACAGCAGGCCACAACCUAUCGGCUCCAGUGCGCGACCGGAGCCCCAGACGCCUCCUUGCAAGCUGCCAUACUCAGAGAGCCGCCCGCUCGGCCUCAGCGAGGAGCCCGGAGAGGAGUUUCGACAUAAGCUGGCAGAGCAGACCAAGCGCGGCUAUUACACCACCACACAAAACUAUCAGGACACUGAGCUGUAGAGUUGCUCUGCUUCGGCUCAGUUGCUCUGCUUCGGCCCAUACUCAGAGAGCCGCCCGCUCGGCCUCAGCGAGGAGCCCGGAGAGGAGUUUCGAAAUCAGCUGGCAGAG